AUGGACUGGGACGAGUUCGCCGAGUGGAGCAAACAGAUUGCCGAUUGGGCAGCGGACUAUCACAAGACGCUUGCGGACCGUCCCGUCCGUGCGCAAACGGCUCCCGGCGAGAUCGCGGAGCAACUGCCAGUCGCGCCACCGGAAGACGCCGAAGCCAUGGAAACGGUUCUUGCGGAUUUCGAAACCAUCGUCAUGCCGGGCAUGACCCAUUGGCAGCAUCCGCGUUUCUUUGCCUAUUUUCCUGCCAAUGCCGCCCCACCCUCCAUGCUGGCGGAAAUGCUGGUCACGACGAUCGCCGCGCAGUGCAUGCUCUGGCAAACCUCGCCUGCAGCGACGGAGAUGGAAGGCGUCAUGGUCGACUGGCUGCGCCAGGCGCUAGACCUUCCGGAGACAUACACAGGGGUCAUUCAAGACAGCGCGUCUUCUGCAACUCUUUCCGCCGUGCUGACCAUGCGCGAACGCGCAACCGGCUUCACCGGCAACCGGCACGGAUUGUCCGGCAAAGGUAAUCUGCGCAUCUACUGCUCGGACCAGGUGCACAGCUCCAUUGACCGAGCCUGCUGGGUUGCGGGGAUCGGUCAGGAAAACCUGGUCAAACUUCCGGCCACCGGGCCUCGAUUUGCGCUUGAUGCCAAUGCAUUGGAUCAGGCCAUUGCAAGAGAUCUUGAAGACGGGCAGAUCCCGGCGGGCAUCAUCGCGAUUACCGGCGGCACCGGCGUGGGCGCUUCGGACCAACUCGAACCCGUCCUUGCCGUUGCCAGGAAACACGAUCUCUAUACGCACCUGGACGCUGCCUGGGCCGGGGCGGCGAUGAUCUGUCCCGAGCUGCGUGCCGAUUUCUGGCACGGCGUGGAAGGCUUCGACAGUAUUGUCUUCAAUCCGCACAAAUGGCUGGGGGCGCAAUUCGACUGUUCCGUUCAGUUUCUGUCCGAUCCGCUUCCCCAGCUCAACACGCUGAAGAUCGAACCGGAAUAUCUCAAGACCACCGGAGAGGCGGUCACCAAUUAUUCGGAAUGGACCAUUCCGCUCGGCAGACGUUUCCGUGCAUUGAAGAUCUGGUUCCUGAUCCGCUCAUACGGGCUGGAAGGUCUCAGGGCCCGAAUACGCAAUCAUAUUGUCUGGUCCGGGGAAAUUUGCGAGCAGAUCCGCGCGUUCGAGGGUUUCGAAAUCGUGACCGAACCGAUCCUCAGCCUGUUUUCGUUUCGCUGCCCGGGCGAUGACGCGACGCAGCAACGUCUCGUGGAUGCGCUGAAUGAUGAUGGACGUAUCUACCUCACCCAGGGAGCCUUUCAGGGCCGCAAGGUCAUCCGUUUCCAGGUCGGUCAGUUCGACACGACCCGGGAAGACGUCAUGAUGGCUGCCGGCGUCAUCAAGGACGUCUGGAGGCGCAUCGCGUGA